AUGACUUCUUGCAUUAAACCAAAUGCCUGGGUGGCGCUUAAGCUUCCUUCAGGUACAACCAAAGUUUUGCAGGUUACACCUAAUACCACAAUCUCCCUCGGUAAAUAUGGCUGCUUCCCAAGCAACCUUAUCAUCGGUCGUCCAUACCACGUCACAUUCGAGCUUCAGGACCGGCUACCUGGCGAGAACUUCUCCCGCCUCCGGGUUGUGCCCGCAUCGGAGCUCUACGAAGAGGUCUUUGCCGAGGAAGAGGCCACUGAAUCAUCCUCUGCACCCGCCGUCACGGGAGGCAGCAACACUACCUCUGCAUGCGACACCGUCAUCACGUCCACCGACGGCGAAGAAUUUAGCCUAGUCGACGAAAAAGGCAACGUGGUCGUACGCUCAACCCGCGAGGUCCUCGACGACCGCGCGCGGCAGACCCUCACCCAAGCCGAGAUCGAGGAGCUCAAGAAAAAGGGCAGCAAUGCGGGCAAGGAUGUCAUUGCGAAGCUAUUGCUCUCGCAUACCGCGCUGAAUGAGAAGACCAGUUUCAGUCUAGCCAAGUAUAAGUUGCUGAAGACGAAGAAGUAUAUUCGACGGUUCCAGGUGCUGCCGUUAGAUGUGGCGAAUUUUGCUACGUGGCAGUUGGAGGAGAGGGAUGCGAGUAAGAUAAUGGAUUUGAGGGCUGAGAUGUUAGGAUUGGUGGGAUGCUGGGCAAAUGUGCAUUAUGGUGGGGAGGAUGUGUACCUCGAGGACCCAAAGGCGAGGACAGAUCAGGGGGAAGAGGCUCUUGUGCCGCUGGAGAAGGACCGGCUAAGAGGGAGAUGGCUUGUUGUGGAUGAUACGGGUGGUUUGCUGGUUGCUGCUAUGGCCGAGAGGAUGGGUAUCCUCUACCCGUUGGAAGAAGAGGAGGGAGAGUCCAAGCCGGAGGCGACAACCUCUAUUCCGACCGAGCAGACUCCCACAGCAACAUCGCAACAACCCCCUAAGGACACCGACACAGAAAUGACCGACGCCCAAAUCCUUUCCUCCAAGCCCGAAAAGAAGCCCAAACAACCCAAACCCCGCCCCUCCGACUUCGCAAUCCCCUACUCCCAAUCCAACACCCUCACCGUCAUCCACUCCGCCAGCCAACCCAACCUCUCCUUCCUCACCUACUGGGGCUUCGACGCCACCUCCCCGAACCAUCCCCCUCACCCGCUCCUCAAUCACCUCCUCACCCUUACUUGGCUUCAGCUUCUCAAGCCGGAGCUUGACACCUCUUACUCUACCCCGCCCCUCACCGCGACCCAGGAAACAUUGAACUCAUGGAAGCCCAGCCGCCGGGGUAACUUCCAUCGCAAGAGGAGACGAUUUGCCCGGAUCAGGCAUAUUGUUGAUGCCACUCGCGCAGGAGGGUUCAACGGCCUUGUGUGUGCCAGCACAAUGGACCCGAUUAGUAUACUGAAGCAUACCCUCCCCUUAUUGGCAGGUGGCGCGCCGGUGGCGAUUUAUUCGCCUACAAUUGAGCCGUUGGCUGCGCUGGCGGAUUGCUUUAGUGUCCCCCGCCGCACAGCAUGGACGAGUGGGAGUGUACCGGAGGUACAGGGCUUGUCGGCAGCCGAGUUGGAACGGUGGGAGGGGAAUGAACGGUUCCCGCUGAAUCCGACGCUGUUGCAAGGUGUGUCUAUUCAGACGAGUCGGGCGAGGAGGUGGCAGGUUUUGCCUAGUCGGACUCAUCCGCUCAUGACUGAACGGGGAGGGGCUGAUGGGUAUGUAUUUACGGCUUGGAGGGCUAAGCCGGCUGAGGGAAGAGUCGAGGCGAAGGGGAGGUUUAAAAAGAGAAAGGUUGAGUGUGCCGAGGGGUCUAAGGCUGAGGUUGCGGGUACGCCUGCUUCGUCGGCGUAG